UGGUUGGACGAUCACACAGUAAGUAGCGAGCCAUGCCCAAAUACAGCGAGAUCGCUCAGGUGGAGAACCCGCCAGAGCAGAAGGAUCUACCAAGUUGGCUCGCUCAUCCGCUGAAAGUGCCGGCCUCCCAGCCAAACAUGCUACUCUUCCCGGGAGAGAUGACCCACUACGCCGGGAUGCUGGCGGUCUGUCAGAGACUCCCACUUGUUCAGGAGAUGAUCGAGCUCGCCACGGAGGCCUUCGACUUCGACGUGCAGCGAGUCUUCGAGGAGUGCACUGCGGAGGAUGAAGCCAGCAGGACUGACAGGAGCCAGAUGCUGGCCUACGUCGCCGACUGCGCGGCCUACGAACUCUUCAGAGAGCAGCAGCCCGAGGUGGCGAGCAACUUGCGGGCUGUGGCUGGGUUCUCGGUGGGGGAGUUCGCCGCUUUGGUGGCCGCCGGCGUUAUGUCCUACGACCAGGGCCUUCUCAUCGUCAAGGCGCGGGGGGAAGCCAUGCAGCGGUGGGUGGAGCAGCUGCCUAUGGCGGCCUUGGCGGUGUUUGGGCUGGAGGAGACUAUGUUGGCGGAGCUCUGCGCACAAACAGGCACAUCACACCAGCAGGUCUUCCUGUCCCACGGCUGGGGCCGGCGCUGCUUCGUGUGCUCGGGGGAGCGAGAGGCUGUGGAGGCCCUGCAGCAGCUGACUGCGCAGGAGGCUGUCUACACUCAGCUUAUUGAGAACCGUGUAGAUGCAGGACAUACACCACUUGCUGCGGAGAUUGCGGCCGAGGUGGAGGAGGCCAUCAGCAGCAUUCCCAUGAAUCCGCCGCGCUGCGAGGUCUACUUUGGCUGCGGCUAUCGAGUGCCAGCUGGGGAGGACCCCUCGGUUUUCCUCCCAUACCUCUCGCAGCAGCUGACCAUGCCGCUGCGCUGGGACGUGGUGGUGGCCAGCAGUCUGCAGCGCGGCAUCCGGCGGUAUUUCGAGUGCGGGCCCGGACAAAGCCUCAAGGAGCUAAUGAUGUUCAACAGCAUCACUGCGCAGACUCAAACUAUCAGGCCGUACGAGCUCACCACGGCCAUGCAGGUCUGAGCUGGGUGCUUUGCCCAUGAUUGUGCGGUGCCUUCGGCUUGCUUCAGACA